AUGGCAAAGAGGUUUGACAUCCACUCACCGGCUGGAGGGGCGGCGAAGCAGUCCCGCACCGAGUUCCCCCUGAACACCAUGGAUGGCGCCGAGGCCGAUCCGGAGGUCGAAGUCGUGGAAGACACAGAGGACCAGGACAUGAAAGCUAUGAUGAAAAUCGAGGCGAGGGACGAGGCGAAUUCGGCGAAACAAACAGCAUUGGAGGCAAAGAUGACGGCUUGUGGGGUGGAGGAGGACAUGAAGAGGAUCAAGAAGAUCAUGAUAACGAAAGAGUGGAUGGAGGAGGCGAUCAGGGCCUUCGGGAAAACUACAACUGAGGAGGAGAUUACACGAAUGAUUCAGGACUCCCUUUCAAAGAUGAACUUGGGCAGCAUGCGGCCACAUCCGAGUACGCACGCGUUGACAUCUACAGUGGUCGUGGUCGGCGGCCUCAAGGGGUACUCGUUCAAGGCAGCUUCGGAGUGGAUCGACAAGUUGAUAAAGUCCCUGGAGGUCUACAAGGACAAGGAAGGAGAGGAGUUCAAAGGCUUGGUGUUUGCCAAGUUCGCGAACGAGACUGGCGCGGCCGAGGCGGUGAAAAUCAUGAGAGAGAAGGUGAUGCAGGAGAACGUGGGGAAGGAGGCACAUGAAAGGAUUUGGUGCGACAUCGAGGCUCCCAUUGACGUGAGAGUUUGCACCGGCUUCCUCAGGAACUUCAGGAGCCAGCUCAUCGAAUGGAAGUUCAGCCCGGAAUGCAUCGAGAUCGAUCGACCCAAUGCCACGUUGAAGGUCCAGGGGGAGGAGGUGAUAAAGGUGAAGGUGGGUGGGGGCGACUUCCAGGUGGAGUGGGUGAAGGAAGAGUGGGCCCAGUGGCAGGAACUGCAAUCUUCCUCGGAGUUCGCACUCGUUCUCCAGACGGCGAAGGAUCGGCUUGCUAAGAGCCGCGGGAAGACGACCAGGGAGGCCGGGAAAGGCCCCGGAAAGUGA